UGCUCACUCGCCGGAUCUCGAAUACAACCCACAUCCCCUCAUUGCAUCGCAUCUUUCCUAUCAACUUUCUCCCAGCAUUACCCAAACGACCGUGGCCCAACCGCAAGAACCCCGGCCAAAGUUAUCUUCCAGUCACGACUUUACGACUCCCCCGCAACUGAGUGUACCCUCCAGAGCAUGGCCAAAAUAAGAGAUAUCCAACGCACAGCGGCCUUCGCGUGGGCCCCAGAUACGCAACCCUUCAUCGCGACAGGUACCCAGGCGGGUGCUGUCUCAGCAGACUUUUCGGACAACACCCAGCUGGAGCUAUGGGAUCUCGACUUGGGGGGUAAUUCCCAGGCAGAGCUAUCACCAGUAGCCGCAGUGAACACAGACUCGAAGUUCUACGAUAUCGCUUGGGGCCGGUUGGGCAACGAUAAACCUAGGGGCAUAAUCGCCGGCGCGCUAGAGAACGGCUCCCUGGACCUCUGGAGUGCCGACGCUCUGCUCAACAACUCCGGAGACUCCUUGAUUUCGCAAACGAAAAAGCAUAGCGGCGCCAUCAAGUCGUUGCAAUUCAAUCCUUUCAAAUCAGAACUCCUGGCAACGGCCGGCGAAAAGGGGGAGCUCUACGUAUGGGAUCUCAACAACACCGACAACCCCUUUAUGCUGGGCAAUAAGGUGGCUAGAGCGGAUGACUUCGACUGCCUAGACUGGAACAAGAAAGUUCCGCACAUUCUGGUUACUGGCGGGAGUGGGGGAUUUCUUACGGUGUGGGAUGUUAAGCAAAAGAAGGAGUCGCUCACUCUCAACAACCUCAACCGCAAAGCUGUCAGCGCAGUGGCGUGGCACCCGGAACAGCAGACCAAGCUUAUCACCGCCGUUCCAGAUGACCAGAAUCCCGUCAUCCUUCUCUGGGAUUUGAGGAACUCGAAUGCGCCUGAACGAACUCUUACUGGACACAGUGCUGGCGUUUUGUCACUCUCCUGGUGCGGACAGGACAGUGACUUGCUCCUAUCGUCUGGAAAGGACAACCGGUCUAUCUGCUGGAACCCGCAAACUGGUGAGAUGUUGGGUGAAUUCCCGGUGGUCACCAAUUGGACAUUCAAGACAACCUUCCAUCCCCGCAACCCCACCUUCAUCGCCACUGCAUCCUACGACGGCAAAAUUGCCAUCCGGACAUUACAGAACACCAACCCGCAAGUGGAUACCGGCGCACCUGCCACUGCCGAUGAUGAUGAUUUCUUCAGUAGGGCCAGCAACGCGCAGACUUCGUCGUUUACCCUAGGACAGACUCCUAAGUGGUUGAAGCGUCCCGCCGGUGCGACUUUUGCCUUUGGCGGUAAGCUGGUUAGCUUUGCCAGCUCGGCGCCGCACCAGUCGACGGUUAAAAUUUCCACUGUCGCGAUCGACUCCGGCGUGAGUGAUGCGACGGAGCGUUUCGAAAAGGCGAUUCAGGAGGGAAAUCUUGCUGCUAUCUGUGACGAGAAGGCCCAAGAUGCAAAGUCGGAGGAGGAGAAGUCGGAGUGGCAGGUGUUGAAGGCGUUGUUUGACGUCAAUACCAAGGAGAAGUUAGUAGAACACCUUGGAUUCAAGGCGGAAGACAUAUCGACGCCAAAACUGGAGAAGUCAGAAGGCGAGACCGAGGAGAAGGCAGAAGAUGAAGAUAAGGCGCAUGCUCGGAAAGAGAGCAGACUGUCUUCUUUCUUUGCCGAUGGAGAUGACUCGGAGAACUUUUUGGCCGGCUUGUCCAUCCAGUCGACUCAGACGGCCAGGACGAACAACCCGUUCCGGAUAUUCACUGGUGACGAAACCGACGCCGACAAGGCCAUCACCAAGGCUGUAGUUUUGGGAGAAUAUGACAGGGCUGUCGAUAUGUGUCUGAAGGAAGACCGGAUCUCGGAUGCAUUCAUGCUUGCUAUUUGCGGCGGGGACAAGUGCAUUGACAAAGUUAAGGCUGCGUACUUCACCAAGAGGCACGAUGGUCCUAACUACCUCCGUCUGCUGGCUUCCGUCGUUGGUAAGAACAUGUGGGAUAUUGUUCACAACGCGGACAUUGCGAACUGGAAGGAGGUUAUUGUUGCACUCUGCACCCAUGCCGACGAGAAGGAGUUCAAUGAUCUCUGUGAGGCGCUGGGUGACCGCCUGGAAGAUGAAUAUCGGGCCAAGAACGAGGCUGAGCUCCGUGCGGCUGCUUCGCUCUGCUACCUGGCUGGAUCGAAGCUCCACAAGCUCAUCAACAUCUGGAUUAGUGAGUUUCAGGAAGGGGAGCGGGCUGGCUUACAAGAGGAAUCCGAGGACUCCACGUUCUCGGUCCACGCGAAAUCGUUGCAGAAUUUCAUUGAAAAGGUUACUGUUUUCCGGGAGGCUGUCAAGUUCGUCGACGAGGAGAAGUCCCUUCCGUCUGGGUGGAAGCUCAACUCACUUUACGAGAAAUACUGCGAGUAUGCCGACAUUGUCGCCUCUCACGGUCAGUUGAGCAUCGCCGGGAAAUACCUGGAUCUUUUGCCUCAAGAUUAUCCUGCCGCUAUGGUUGCAAGAAACCGCAUUAAGCAGGCUACUACAACUAAAGCUACUGCCACCACCGCCACCACCACCGCCGCCACCACCACCACCACUACUGCUGCUGCUGCUGCUGCUGCUGCGGCUCGCAAGCAACCAGUACCUGCUACAACUGGAUACAGACCGACACAACCCUUCAUGUCCACACAGCAGUCGACCAUGCAAAAUGCAUACGCUCCGCCAACUACAGCUCCUGCUGCAACGAACCAGUACAUGCCACCCGCCUCAAACCCAGCCCAAUCCAACAUGUAUGCCCCGGCCGGCCAGCAGUCCGCCUACAAGAGUCCUUACCAGCCCACCAUAACUGCCCCCACUGGACCGUACACUCCUCAAUACCCAGGGUCCACAUUCACCCCAGCCGGAAUGGCCCCUCCACCCAAGCAGUUCGCCCCGCCUCCCUCGGCUCCACCCAAGCAAGGAGCUACCGCCAACUGGAACGACACCCCCGAGGUCAUCAGACCGGCUAGGAGAGCUGUCACACCUGCGGCACCCCCGGCGCCCAGCACGUCGCCGUUCCCGGGAGCUCCGCCAGUCUACACCCCGCCCCAGCCUGGCGCGCCAUGGGGUGCUCCUCCUCCAAGGGCGACUCCUCCACCACCCCCUAAGGGUGCUGCUCCUCCCAACCGAGUGCAAUCUCCUGCCGGGCAGAUUAGAUCCGCAUCACCUGCGCUCGCCGGCACCGGUUAUCAAGCAGCACCACCCCACAAUCCCUAUGCCCCUCCUCCCGCACAGCCAUCCACCUCUGGCCGAUACACUCCCCAGCCGGUUGCCCAAUCCCCAUUAGCAGGUCCUUCCGGUGGACGUGCGGGCCCGCCCCAGGGUAACGUCAUUCCAGGACUACCUGCAUCCGGCCCACGGUAUGCUCCCCCACCCACAGCAUUUGGACAGCCCUCUACGACUUUGCCGUAUGGAUCGCAGCCGCCGCCACCGAUGGCGCCCCAGUACGCUCCGCAAGUGCCGCAGCUACCCCCACAGAGUCAGUACGGACCUCCCCCGGGCGCCCAGGGACCCCCGCCUCCUCGGUCUGGCCCUCCACCUGCCGCGGCACCUCCGCCAAAGCCCGCAACGCCUACCCCUCAACCGAUCAAGCAUCCCAAGGGCGAUCGUUCACAUAUCCCGCCCCAGCACAUGCCGAUCUUCGAGCUAUUGUCUGCGGACAUGGAACGAGUUAAGGCACGUGCGCCUCCGGAUUUCUCUCGCCAGGUCACGGAUACCGAAAAGCGGUUGAACAUUCUGUUUGACCAUCUCAAUAACGAGGAUCUGCUGUCAGCGGAGACUCUGGAGAGUAUGGCCACCCUUGCCAAGGCUCUUGCUGCUAAAGACUACAACACCGCGCGUAACAUCCAGGUGAAUUUGUUGACCAACAAGACCGCUGAGUGCACACAGUGGAUGACGGGAGUCAAGAGGUUGAUCGACAUGAGUCCUGUGGCGGAGUAGGCUAGAUAGACGGACGAACGGGCUUAAUGAGAAGGUGCUAGGGAUGGGCGGCGAUGUUUCUGUUUCGUUGUUUCAUUUUUCAUGUCGUUUGAAUGUUGUCUCUGAUAAAAGCGCGGCUGUUUCUGUGACGAUGAUGAGUGCUUUCGGUUGAAGUGCUUGUGGAUAUGGAUUCUAGGCACCCUAGAUACUGCGUGCUUGUAAUAACUUCUAUCUGUUCAUCUUGGCUGCCUCUAAUGGUUUGUGUGUAUCCGUGGCUAUUCAGGACCACAUUUGGUAGUUAUGGCGUCUGGAAAGCGG